AAGGGCGGGGGGAGGAGCCAACAGCGCCACGGCUCACGCCGUGCGGAGCGGACGCUUCGCUCCCGGAGCGGCGCCGCCGCCGAGCGGCCCCCGCGGCCCUAGUGCCCGCCCGCUGGACCCCCACCGCCACCCCCGCAAGGUUUUAGAUCUGCACAAGAACCAAGAUCAAGAACCAUGGCAUCCAUCCCAUCGAGCGGCUCGCUCAUGGCCACACACAACUACUAUAGAAGGCGCCUGAGCUCCACAUCCAGCAACAGCUCCUGUGGCAGCUCUGAGUAUUCUGGGGAGGUCAUCCCCCAUCCCCCAGGUCUGCCCAAGUCCGACCCCGGCCACUGGUGGGCCAGCUUCUUCUUCGGGAAGACAACUCACCCAGCCAUGACAACUGUGUCGGAAUCCCCGGAGAGCUUGGGAGCGCUGCAGGUGACAACAGGACCCAUGGCGUGUGGCCCAAUGGCAGCCCCAGGAGCGGGACGGAGGCGUCAUGCCAGUGAGCCCAGCUCCGGGCCCUUGGCGUGAGCUGGCGGGUACAGCCCCUUCCCCCGUAGAGUAGGCAGAAGUGCUGCUUUAUAAGAAAAAAAAGAAAGCACAGCAAAGUCCCAGCGAUUCCCACACCAGCCUUUUUACUCUUCCUUAAUGCAACGACACCCUUUUCUGCACAAGCUUGGUAACACGUUUUAUUUACCUUGUACUUGUACAAUGGCAACUAAUAAAGUCGAGCAGCCUUUUAAAA